AUGGCUGUCUUCACGAUCAAGGCCCUCGCCAGCGCCCUGGCUGUCUUCAGUGCUUUCACCACCGGUGCUGUGGCUGAUGAGCUUCCUGAGUUUCCCGAGGCUGCUCUGUCCGCCCAGACCACCACUUACCAGCCUGUUACCCAGCAGCAUGGCGUCGCCACCGCUGACGGCAAUGUGGUCUACUCUCUGAGCGUCUGCACUAUUGUUCAACAGACUGAGUGCUCCCUCGUUCUGUCCACCGACAGCCAGAUCCCUCCCCCCGUUGCCACCGACGAGUUCUCUGUUCCCGCUGAGGGCGAGCCUACCACUGUCAACGGCAUGGGUGAGACUUCUCCCGGUGAGGGCUACCCCGAGGUCAGCGAGACUGGUCCUCACGCCAGCGUCCCUACCGGCUCCAAGCCUGACUACUCUCUCCCUCCUCCUGAGAGUGCUCCCAGCCAGCCUGGUGUUCCUGUUCCCAGCCCUUCCGCUGGCGAGCCCGUCCCUACCAUGCCCUCUGGCGCUCCUGGAGAGCCCAUUCCUGUCUCAUCCGUCAUUAGCACCGACGAUGAGCCCGGUAACCCUACCGCUCUCACCACUGACUACGACGGGCCUUCAGUCACCGCCGAGGGCAGCGCUUCCGGCUCCGCCUCUGGCGCUGACUCGGCCUCCGACACUGACUUUCCGACUGUCACUCUCCCUGUGAGCAGCGACAGCCCUUCGGCUACUGGUGAGGAUGGUGACAACACUCCCACUGGCACUCCUACCGUCACCGCCUCUGGCGCUGUCGUCAUGGCUCCUGCCGUCCGCGCCGUGGUUCUCGGCAUCGUUGUCAUGCUUGUUGCCGCUGCCUUCUAA